CUGGAGCCGGAGCAUUGCUUUGGUUCUCUGCCUUUGGACUCGACCUGAAACCUUUGGGUGCCAAGCCUGUGGCUACCCCGUUGGCUCUCCUGGUCUCCAGCUUGUUGGCGAGCUCCAGUGGAUCUUGGGACUCCCAGCCUUCAGGAUCACGUGCCCACCCAGCUGAGCCAUGAAGAUCUGCAGCCUUGGUUUGCUCUCCUUUCUCUUCCUGGCCUCUCGGGAGCUCUUGAUGGAGGCCCACAAUGGAGUAAAGAGUGGACGUAACAGACUAUCAGACAGGGGUCCACAGGUCACUCCGGGGAAGCCACCAAGUAUGCCUGAAGAUUCCCUACCCCGGGUCAUAGUCACCGGCGGGUUUAUCACCAGAGACCAAGCCAAAUGCAACAUGACUGUGACUAAACAAGAGAACGUCUCUCUGCAGGUGGAUUGCAUCCGACUGGAUCAUGUGUUUUCCUGUGUCUUCGUGGGGGAUCCAGCUGCGUGCCUACAUUGUUUGGAUAAUGCUACUAUCUACUGGACACAGAUUACCUGGCACCUGAGCCGCCAAAAAUAUAUCUGUGAAGACUCCAAGGCCAUCCUGGAGACCAGAGUGUGUCGUAAGAAGUAUCCAGAAUCCAAUCUCAAGUUGGUGAGCUCCACUCUGGUUGGCUGCAAGACACGUAGACAGGAGCCCUUCCCUACCGAGGCAGUCAAGACCAAGCAGAUCACCACCACAGAGCAGGUGCAAAUUGCAGAGACCACCCCUACUACUGGGCAGAUCAAGGGCAGAGGAACCACUCAUACCACCCCAAAACAAGCCCAAGAGAAUGUCCCUACAGAGCAGAUCAAAGGGAGAAGACCUGCUCCUACCACUCCAAACCAGGCCCAAGAGACCUCCCCUACAGAGUCAGUAGAGAUCCCAGAGACCACCACUGCAAGCCCAGUCCAGACACAAGUCACGACCACUGCUAAGCCCAGUUGUGUAACUACAUCAGGCAUCAAAGCCAGGAAGACCUCUCAGUGGGUAGACCAGCAGGACCAACAGAGGAAGCAGCAGGUCCAGCACAUGGAUCAGCGGGACCAGCAGGUUCAACAGAACAAACAUCAGAACCAGCAGUGGGAUCAGUGGGAUGACCAGGAGGACCAACAGAGGGAGCAGCAGGACCAGGAGUGCCAGCAGCACCAGACACAGCCAGCCCAGCAGGAGGACGAGCACUGGUUCCAGCAGAAGUCCCAGUAGAUGACCCGGGAGUGACGGGCCUCCCGCAGCUUGUUCUGCAGCGUCGCCCUCGGCCCCAGUCUUCCUCCUGGGGGAGAAGAGCAGGUGCUUCAGGCAGGUGGUGUCUUAGGCUCCUGUGUGUGUGUGUGCAGAUCCCAGGUUCCCAUCAGGCAGGGAUGCCUGUGUUAGGAGAGUGCAGGGCAGUGUUGGGACAGAGUCUGUGUCCUGCCCUUUGCUGAUGCUCACUUCCUGAGGUGUGGUUGGCAGAGGCUGUGACCUGGGCGCCUGCCCCUGGGCCCCCAGUGCUGUCUCUGAGCUGAAGGAGUCAGCCUGGUGAUUUCAGGGAGACACCUGCACUUCCUGCUGAAUUCACAAGCAUAAUAAACUCAGGAUCUCUUUCAAAAUGCA